AUGUGUGCGAGUGAGAAGGGCGAUAUGGACAGUCCAGGCGAGGAAACGGGACGUGGUGCUCCCCCGCACGCCCCUGCGCAACCGAACGGAUCCAAUAAGAUCAUCGGUCGUAACGUGAAUGGGACCAUGGUAGUGACGUCAGCGCCAGCCAAUGAAGCCGAGUUACAACUCUACAGAGUAAUGCAGCGUGCGAGCCUUCUGGCCUACUACGACACGCUGCUCGAAAUGGGUGGUGAUGAUGUUCAGCAGUUGUGUGAUGCUGGAGAGGAGGAGUUUCUAGAAAUAAUGGCACUAGUCGGCAUGGCCUCGAAGCCGCUCCACGUGAGGAGACUUCAAAAAGCACUACAAGAAUGGGUUAACAACCCAGCUCUUUUUCAGAUACCCAUCGUCCCAAACCUAUGUCCCACCGAGAAUCCCUUCAUGCAAUGCAGCCAAAGACUCCUAAAUAUUCCUCCUGCGAUUCCAAAUUUACCUAGAACUGUGGCCUCACCAGAGAACAACAGACCAAUGUACAGUCCUUCCCCUGGCGCACCUGAUAAUAGUUGUGGAUCGAAUGCUUCAGCCCCGAAUGCAAGUCCUGUACAUAGUCAUGCAGGAACAUUUACGAAAAUUGUCCUUCCCCCUUCCCCAGCGCCUGCCGCUCCAGUUACAACUACAGCGAGAUCUUUCUCCCCUCAAAGCGCUUGUCCACCAGCCUCAUCAGGCUCUAGUCCUAGUUCCGUUACCUCUCCAGUACAACUGACGCCAGUACUUUUAGAUAUCCACGUCCAGAAGUUAGCGGCAGCAGCGGAGAAGUUGAGCAAACAUCUGCCCCAAUUGGAACCAAAGCCACAGAAUACGAAAAAGAAGAUGUGUAAGGAUUUAGAGUUGGUGAUGAUGAUGCCGGAGUCAGAUCCGAGGAGGAUGGAGGAGAUAAGGAAGUACGCUGCGAUAUACGGCAGGUUUGACUGCAAACGUAAGCCGGAGAAGCCACUCACAUUACAUGAGGUGAUGGUCAAUGAAGCGGCGGCUCAGAUGUGCCGGUGUGUUCCGGCGCUACUCACGAGAAGAGACGAGCUGUUCCCGCUCGCGAGGCAACUUGUCCGACGCGCUGGACUGCACUACUCUAAGCACGGUUUACCGCCCACCGCUGCGGCCGAAGACCGCGAACGCGACGACGACGAGACGCCCAGUAAACGACCGCGGCAGGACGGAGACGACGGCAACGGAGUCAGAGCCAGUCCGGAUACGGCUAGAAGCUCAAACCACAGCUGGUGGGGGAUGAAGACUGAGAGUGACGAUGCUGAUUCCAGGUGUUCAUAUUCCAGCACCAGUACUCCACCACCUCAGGAGUCGGAGGAGCGGCCGCAGGUGGUGGCGGCGCGCGGCGACAGCAUCAUCGCCGUCGCCAACCCCGCGCUGCAGCCGCCGCACCCCGCGCGCAACCACUCCAACUGACCACCGCACACCACCCACCACCACCACUCACGCCACCACACGAUCACUCCAGCGGUCCUGGCCGACAUUGCUGCUGCAGUCCUGGCCAACUUAGCCGACAUGAAUGUAUGAGCCACGUGGCUGCUACGAUCGCAUUGGCGAUACUCAACAAAAAUAGCGUAACCAGUAGGUAUAACGAACAUAAACUAUGGCCAACAUACCAAGGUAAAUAAAAUACAAGAUCGAUAUCAUUGUUAUUAGACCAGUUCUUUUAAAAUGGUAAAAAGAGAAAAAACAUAUAGUAGGAUGAAAUCCAUUAGAAAAGAAAGAGAAUACAACGAAAAUGAAAGGAAAAAUAAAUUACGGGCGAACUGAGGUCGGGAAGUUUU